AAAAACUCGCUAAACAAACCACCUCACCGAAUCACGCAUUCCAAAUCUCCCUUCUCUUCUCUCCCAACCCUAAUUCAACAAACUCACAGAUUUUCAUUCUCUCUCUCUCUCCUUCCCCUUUCUCAGAAAAUUAUUCUCCCUAAUUUUCUCGAGAAAGUUAGGAUCAUCAUCGAUCGAAAACAGAUUAUUAAAGAGGAAAAUUAAAAAUCAAUCCGAGAGAAUUAUGAGCUUCCAGGACAUCGAAUCUGGCCGCCCGUUCAGACGUGGACCGAUCAACGGAAAGCAAGACCCGACGCAGGCCGUGGCUGCCGGUAUUUUUCAGAUCAAUACUGCCGUUUCCACUUUUCAGAGACUCGUUAAUACCGUUGGAACACCCAAAGAUACCCCUGACCUCCGUGAAAAGCUUCACAAGACCAGACAACAUAUUGGGCAGUUGGUGAAGGAUACUUCAGCUAAGCUUAAACAGGCUAGUGACAUUGAUCACCAUGCUGAAGUUAAUGCAAGCAAGAAAAUAGCAGAUGCUAAACUCGCGAAAGAUUUUCAAGCAGUCUUGAAAGAGUUUCAGAAGGCACAACGGCUUUCAGCGGAGAAGGAAACAGCUUACACUCCUUUUGUUCCACAAGCAAUGCUUCCUUCUAGCUAUACUGCCAGUGAAAUGGAUAUUGGCUCUGAUAAGACACCAGAACAGCGUGCCCUUCUUGUCGAAUCCAGGAGGCAGGAGGUUUUAUUCCUAGAUAAUGAGAUUGCCUUCAAUGAGGCAAUCAUUGAGGAAAGAGAGCAAGGCAUUCAAGAAAUACAGCAGCAAAUUGGUGAAGUUAAUGAAAUUUUCAAAGAUCUCGCUGUGCUUGUCCAUGAACAAGGAACCAUGAUUGAUGAUAUUGGUUCCAACAUUGAGAAUUCGCAUGCUGCAACCGCACAAGCAAAAACUCAACUUGCAAAAGCUUCAAAAACACAAAGAUCAAACUCAUCUCUGGCAUGCUUGCUUUUGGUGAUAUUUGGGAUUGUGCUUCUCAUAGUGAUCAUAGUUCUUGCUGCUUAAGUGAAAGAUUCUAUUAAUUCCAUCAUGGUGCUAAUGCAUAUAUACGAAGAACAGCAGAUAGAAUCUUCCUUACUGAUGAUGUUACUUAAGUGGUGUUUUACCAAGUCUCGGUUGACUGGAGUUUGACUUAGCUGAUUUCAGCGCAUGAUGUAGGAACUCCCUUCAUUAUAUUGUAAUUUUGUUGUGGGGUGUUAUGUUUUGAUGUGUCAACUUGUGCUGUAAGUUCUCGUGAUAUAUAAUAAUUCUUUGGUUUUCCUUUACUUGUAAAUGCAACACCGAAAUUGGCAAUGCUGACUCUCCUAUUCAGCAAGACAUUGAUUUAUGAUGAUCUGUUUUCUUUUAUAGUGAUGUUUUGUUUCCAAAUUGAAAGCUUAAGGUUUUCUUGGGUAAGGCUGUGUAUGGAGAAAAAUUGAUGUAUUUGAUAAUUUGUGUUAGGCACACGAUCAUGAUUAUAUUUA